AUGGAGAGCCAGCGGCUGUCCUCCUACGGCCGCCGCUUCGGCUCGGCCGCCUCGGCACGCCGGGGGCUCCCCACCAGCCCCCCGGGCCGGCCCCGCAUCUUCAGCUCGCAGCCGGGCCUCCGCUGGGCCGCCCGCCCCGGGCCGGGCAGGAUGGACUUCUCGCUGGCCGAGGCGCUCAACUCGGAGUUCAGGGAGACGCGCACCAACGAGAAGGUGGAGAUGAUGGAGCUCAACGACCGCUUCGCCAGCUACAUCGAGAAGGUUCGGCUCCUGGAGCAGCAGAACAAGAUGCUGGUGCUGGAGCUGAACCAGGUGCGGGACCAGGAGCCUUCGCACCUGGCCGACGUCUACCAGGAGGAGCUGCGCGACCUGCGGCGCCACGUGGAGCAGCUGGCCACCGCCAAGGCCCGCGUGGAGAUCGAGAGGGACAACCUGGCUGAGGACCUCGGAAACCUUCGGCAAAAGCUGCAGGAGGAGGUGACCCUGCGGCUGGAGGCCGAGAGCACCCUGGCUGCAUACAGACAGGACGUCGAUGCCGCCGCCCUGGCUCGCCUCGACCUGGAGCGCCGCGUGGGGUCCCUGCAGGAUGAGCUGGCCUUCCUCAGGAAGGUGCACGAGGAGGAGCUGCGGGAGCUGCAGGAGCAGCUGGCCCGGCACCGGGUGCACGUCGAGGUGGACACCAGCAAGCCGGACCUGACGGCCGCCCUGCGUGACAUCCGCACCCAGUACGAGGCUAUGGCCGCCAGCAACAUGCAGGAGACUGAGGAGUGGUACAAGUCCAAGUUCACAGACCUGACGGACGCAGCCGCCCGGCAUGCGGAGGCCCUGCGCGUGGCCAAGCAGGAGGCCAACGAGUACCGGCGUCAGCUCCAGGCCCUCACCUGCGACCUGGAGGCCCUGCGGGGUUCGAACGAGUCCCUGGAGAGGCAGCUGCGGGAGCUGGAGGAGCGCUACGCGCUGGAGACCGCCGGCUACCAGGACACGGUGGUGCGGCUGGAGGAGGACAUCCGCAGCCUCAAGGAGGAGAUGGCGCGGCACCUGCAGGAGUACCAGGACCUGCUCAACGUCAAGCUGGCCCUCGACAUCGAGAUCGCCACGUACCGCAAGCUGCUGGAGGGCGAGGAGAGCAGGAUCACCAUCCCUGUGCAGACCUUCUCCAACCUGCAGAUCCGAGAGACCAGCCUGGACACCAAAUCCCUGUCGGAAGCUCACCUGAAGAGGACCAUCGUGGUCAAAACUGUGGAGACCAGAGAUGGAGAGGUGAUCAAGGAGUCCAAGCAGGAGCACAAGGAGGUGGCAUAG